AUGAAAACAAAGUUAUGUGUGGCAAGCUUGGAAAUAGUCGUGUACGAAGAGUUGUUGAAAUACUCUGCAAAACCACUCACAUUGAUGAUAUCUGGAGGGUCAAUACUCCGAGUGUUAGAAUGCGCCACGGUUAGCCAGCUUGACAAGAAAGAGUGGGUUGUUUUUUUUGCAGAUGAAAGGCUCGUUCCACUAACUGACGCGCUCAGCAACUACAACGAUGCAGGGGUGUUUUUGCAGGGCGUGGGCACAGUCCACCCGUAUAACACUGCCCUUACCCAUGAAGAAAUGAUUAGCGAGUAUAAAGAGCUGCUGCAGAAUGCAAAAAUAGACCUGGCUUUCCUAGGAAUAGGAGACGAUGGGCACAUUGCCUCUAUCUUCCCAGAGUCUUCAACCAUUGACUCAAGUGACAUUGUAACCAUUAUAAAGGACUCGCCAAAACCGCCUGCAGAAAGAGUCACAGUAACACCGCGCCUUUUGACCAUGAUCAAGAGAGUGGUCUUCCUAGUCCCAAGACUCCCAAAUGGUUUGAUUAAGACGGUCACAGAGCCCCACUUCUCUAUCCUUUCCAGGGUUAACACAGAAAUUGUAGUAGCCACAAUCGAUCCGCUUUCAUAA